UAUAAGUGGGCGGUGCUGGAGGCCUUGCUCUGCCUUUCGCUGCGGACUGCGCUUUUGUCUUCUUUAAGGGCCGUUCGGUUUGCGACCUCGCGCUCUCGUAGGCCGACGUUCCUCCGGACUCCUGCACGACCGACUGUUGGAGCCGACGGGUCACGCCGGGCCCUUCCUCGUGGAGGAUCCAGAGGCCUUCCAGAAGCAGAAGGCAGCUCUACUGCUCUACAAAGGAGUGGGAUCCUUUCAGCUAUGAAGCAUAUGUUGAACCUCUAUCUCGUAGGUGUGGUGCUGACCCUACUUUCCAUCCUUGUUAGACUGAUGGAGUCACUGGGGGGCUUACUGGAAAAUCCAUCACCUGGGAGCUCCUGGACCACCAGAGGUCAACUAGCCAACACAGAACCCAAGAGCCUUCCAGAACAUUCAUCCAGAGGGGUGUGAUAAGACCUCCCUCCACCAGCUAUAACCUUGGAACACUGGCCUAAAUCUGUCCAGCCAGGUGUCCCAGUACCUGAGCAGGCAAAGCUCAGCACCAGUGUUGCCAGAAAACUGUUACUAGGCCCUUGAAGGGCCUCUCCACCUGGAUGUUUCUACCCUGGAAAAAGACUGUUUAAUAUGGGUUGCCUGUGGCUGUAGAAUGGAGUGAUUUCAUUCUCCUCCACAGAGUCUGCUGUAUGCCUUGUCCCUGGCAGCGUGGCUCUGACCUCUUAGGUGAGGGCUGUGCUGCAGCUUCAGCUGUUGGGAGAAGAUGAUGUUUUCAGCUGUACUUCUAAACAUCUACCAAGAGUUCCUUUGGACUUGGGUGGCAUAUGGUCAUUUUCUUUGGUGUUCAGCUUCUCUUUCAUGUGAGCUCCUCUGUAUAUGGCUAACAGUUGAAAGAGGUAUGUGAGUUGAUUGUAGGGAGGGGGAAGAUGGAGUGUUCAGUGUCCAGUUCUCAUUGUUUUACAUUUUUAAGUCCUUCCCCCAACCUAGUGUGUAUGUGUGUGUAUUGGUCUGAAGGGGUCAGUGGGAUAGCAAAGCCUGCUCGGGACAUGGGCAUUAUAGCCACCAUGUGGCUUAAGUGACUUUUUCUAAUGAAAUAAAGUUGAAUAUAUAGUUCCA